AUGGAGAACUGUGCUGAUCCUAAAAGACCCAACUCAAGGGCUUCCAUGGAUUCUACUUCUCUUAAAACCCUUCAGUUUUCUUUUGGAAAUCUUGGUUUAAAGAAUGGCGAGUUUGAUAUUGAUAAUGUCUCGGCUACUACUCCUCAGGUCAACAGGGUUUCUUCGUCGUUGCCUUUGAAUGGUUCUUUGACAGGCGUCUUUCCUGGUUCUGGAUUGAGCAACCAUAUGACCCUAAAUAGUGUGGGUUAUCAAACCUAUGGUUUUGCUGAAAACCCGACGGGGAAAACAUUGAAUACCAGGAAUGGUUUUGGAGCACCAUACCUGUAUAAUCUGACAUCACAGAGACAGAAAGAUUCCAUGAUCAAUAAUGUCAACUUGUUCAAUGGUUUUUCUAAUGGAAACCCUCGCCUUCCUUCUCAUCCCGAAGCAAUUUCCACAGAAAGAAAUCUUUUGGGCAAUGGUUUCAACAUCAGUACAGCGAAUUCUAGUGAUGUCUGGAAUCAACAAAAGAUCAAUGGCAUUGUGCCAUCACCAGGUAAUUGGAUUAUUACUCUGGCCAUGAGUGAAUAUGGCUCCAAAAAAUUGCAGGAUCAGUUGUUGAAGGACCCGAGAAUUAAAAGCCUGAUAUUUAAAGAGGUUAUUGAGUACAUAUUCCAGUUGAUGACCAACCAAUAUGGACGCUAUCUAUUUAAGAAGCUGAUUGAGUUAGAAGACGAAAAUCAGCUGCGGAUGAUUAUGGAGGAACUAACAUUCUCUUGUGGAUACAUCUUCGAUGCAUCAAUUGAUAGAUAUGGCAGUUAUUCAAUUAAGAAGCUGAUCAAAGUGCUUGAGAAGUCACCAUUGGUUACUGAGAAGAAUGACUUGCUCUACGUUGAAGCCAUCAAUAAAUGUCUCAAACUGGCCACACAUGAGAGGGGAUGUGUAUCCUUGAACAAUUUCAUCUUCCGCAUCAAAGGUCGUCGAAGAGAUCAACUUCUCAACUUGAUCUAUGAUCAUGUGGUGUACCUGGCAUAAGAUCCUGCAGGCAACUUUGUUGUGCAAUGCGUCCUGGGACUCCAAAAUCCUGCCAUCAUCGACAAAAUCUGCUCAAAACUGAAAGGUUACUAUGUAAAACUAUCCAUGCAGAAAGGAGGAAGUCAUGUAGUGGAGAAGUGCUUGAGAUCAUCAGGGAUGGAUCAUGUGGUACAUGAAUUUCUUCAGAGCAAUCAACUUUUUCAAGUUGCCAAAGAUCGAUAUGGAAACUAUGUUCUCCAAACUGCUUUAAGAGAGACAAAGAAAAGGGGUAGUCCAGUUUAUGAAGGUCUUGUUGUUAAACUUCAGAAACAUCUGAACUCUCUGCAGCAUGGAUAUGGAAGAAACAUCCUCCCAUUGAUGACAGCCACAGUCCAGUUCAACAAAGCGUGAUCAAGCCUCAUCAUAUCUUCUUUUCAUUGCAAGUAAAUUGCAUACAAUAUGUUAUAUGUUCAAUGAUUCUUGGUGCUUCUAUUUCUUUUUUUUUUUUGGUACAUUUUAGCAUGGAAAGAGCUAUGAUUAGAGUAAAUUCUCUGUUAAAACGGUUUAAGUCUUGAGUGUCGCAUCAAAUGUUAGAUAUGUAAUCCCUGGUUUUGACUCGUUUUGUUGUCAAAGGCAAUGAAACUCCCGUAUAUAGGUUUAAUGAAUUAAGUUUCCCUAUAAUCUGUUUUGUUCUGUGUAUGAAACUUACGUAUAUAAUUUAAGUUUCCAUAAAAUUCUCAAGCUUUUCAGGAAACACAAAAAAAGCGAAAAAGAAAACCAAAUAGAUGUAUUAAUCCGAAAAUAAAGGGAUCAUAGAUGACCGAUGAGAUGCCAAAUGUGUAGAGGAAACUAGGAAAGAGUCGAAGUCAUGAAUCCUCGCUGUUCUUUUACUUUUCUUGAUUCAUUAUUUCUUUCUUGUUUUCUCUUCCUUGGUAAUUUUAAGUAGAUAUAACAAAAUAUGUUUUAUAUUGUGUUUAUUUCAUGUCAAACAUAAAUAUAAAACAUGAAAUUUAUCACAUUAAAUUUGUGUUGGUAUUCUAAACACAAAGUAUAUAUUUUUUGUCAAAUCUUUAUAUAAUUUUUUCAAAAUUUUAAAUUAUAUUAUUUUUGUAAAUUUUUUGUUAUUACUAUUUAAAAUUAUCAAGCUAGUUUUAGAGAAGAGUAAACUAUAGAAUAUUUCCUAAAACCAAAUCUUUGAGAAGUUCAACUCAAUACUAUUUUAUCACUUAUCUUUUAGAGUAAUGGCCUAAUAGUGUAGGACCAAAAUAAAUGCAACUCUUUAUGAUUUGAGUUACAUUCUGUUAUUGGGAGGCAGCAAAAAACCCCAACCAAAUUCUCCAGUCAUAUAUCCUGCAGCUGCACUAUUGCAACUUGCAAGCUUCCCUCUUCCCAAUACCAUUUCUAAUUUCAAUUCAAGAAGGGAAUCGAUUUCGAAACCUAAAUGACUCAAAAAGUGAUCAUAAUUCAAAUCCUGGAUACUAAAAAAAAUUAUAGAUAGGCCAACAACAACAAACAUAUAUUUAGAUACAUUAUGUAAUGAAACAAACAUAUCUGAUUCUGAUAACUAGGAAGCCAUGCCAUUGAUUAACUGCUGCUGUUUGGCUUGAUAAAAAUUGCAUGAAAAACCCGCGCACACUGAUAGGUGUUUUGGUCCAUGACUCCAUGGAUCUUCUGGGUGAGCAGCUCUAAUACUCAAUUUACAGAAAACUACUUACAUUAUCUGUGAAACCGUAUAAAUCUUGGGAAAAUUUAAAUGCACCCCUUUUUUUCUCUAUAUAUCUCCCUUUGUUACAAAAUUUUUUAUAUAUAAAAUUACUUACA